AAAAGAAAAUAGUCUGCGUACCGUAAAAUAGAAAUUACUCAAUAACUGUGCCGCUACAAUUAUUAUGAUAAAUUAUUUCACCGAACUUUGGCGUAUAUAAAUGUUUUGUGUUACAUAACGUAAGGCAAUUCAUUUGGGUCGAAGAAGGGGUAGGCAAUUCAUGGAUGACGAAAUCAGAGUCUCAAUACCGUGAGACAAGAUGGCGCUAUUGUAAACGGAAGUGUGACUGAAGUCGGCUAGGCCUGCUUAUAAAUAGGGCAAUAAAUACAAGGAGGUUUUGCGCACAAAGCAUAGAAGUGAAUUUACGACAAAUAAAAUAAAAGAUAAAUUUUCAUCGAGUAAAUCGAAGUCUGGGUGAAUAUAUUUCUUGAAAACAUCACGCCGCUACCUCGUAGUAUUUUCGAGUGACGCCGUCGCCAUGUUUGUUUUUAGUAUUUGAGGAAUGAAACGUGAACGCUAGAAACGGUUUGAAUAAAUACCCUCGAUAUUUGGUGAAACAACGAGUUUAUCAGGAGUGACAGUAGUGUCGAUGAUUUCCGGAAUAUGAAAGUUUGAAGAUUCGGCGAGGAUGUGGCUCCGAAGCGAACACGUUGGUCGAAGACUUCGAGGUAGGUUGGGGGCGGCUGGAGCUACAAGUUCAAAAGUAACUGGCAGCAGAGUUCAGUCGGGAGCGGUGAGAAAGAUUCCAGCGAUAACAAACAGUAAUCAGCGAGUACACACGUCGAGCAGAUGCGGUAGAUUGACCAGAUGGAGACGAAGAUCGCCAAAUCUUUUAAAGGAGGCAUGCAGAGAGAACGUUUUACACUUUGCUAAAUCACCUCCGAUCAGGCGAGAGAGAGGACCUCGAAGGCGGAAGUGUAUAAAGCGUACAAUGGUCACUUCAACGCCUUUACAUCGCGUCCCGCCAAAGGAUUCGAUAAUUCCACCGAAGAGCGCAAAAGUGUCCAAAGUAUCCGAAGAAUCGAAAGAAAACUGGAAUCUCAUAUCGUCCACGGUCUAUUCAACACCAACUUUUAAUGGAGAAAUUCCAAUUUGUCCGCCAACACCGCCUCAGGAUGACAAACCUUCCACACCAAGUGUAGUUGCUCUUGCCGAGCUCAUGCCACCGCCGACUGAGGCUCCGCAUCCUGAUUUGUCCUGCUUAUUGAGCGAGGAGAGCAAUAGAGCUCAUGACAUAUUAACGUUGCACUGCGGAUACCCGGAGAUAUGCCCGAGCAGUGAGUCGUCCGUCGAUUACUACAACAAUAUAAUUCAUUCGACGCCGAUAUACAGCAACAGAAUUUCUUAUCAGACGGAGAGAUACUUUCCGACGACGAAGUACACCUACAUCGACGGCAACGAGAACAGCAGCGAGGAGUGUAAAUACCAGUUUUCAAACACUGGCAGCGACUCCUCGAAGUACGAGAGCGCCCAAGAUUUCCCCACAUCUAAGUAUGGAAGUUUGGCUGAUGUGUAUUCGCGGAAUUCGAACCGUUCGUCAGACGCCAACGACCAACUGAACACCAAGUACGAUUCUGAGGACGUUGACAGGGAUUAUCAAGAUGUGAAAUACAUGGAAGUCGGAAAUGAAGAAAUCGUUGAAAGCUGCGGGGUCGAAAAUAUGGUCGCCCAGGCACAAGAGGACUGGGAACCCUUCGAUCCGUACUUGUUCAUCAAACAUUUGCCACCUCUGACGCCAGCGAUGAGGGCCAGAUGUCCAGCACUGCCGUUGAAGACCAGAAGCAGCCCAGAGUUCAGUCUAGUUCUCGAUCUGGAUGAGACACUCGUUCACUGCAGUCUUCAGGAACUGACCGACGCGGCUUUCCGUUUUCCAGUUGUAUUUCAAGAAAUAACUUACACGGUUUUCGUCAGAACAAGACCGUUUUUCAGGGAAUUCCUCGAGCACGUGUCUUCGCUAUACGAAGUGAUACUUUUCACCGCGAGCAAACGGGUCUACGCGAAUAAAUUGAUGAAUCUUUUAGACCCGACGAGAAGAUUAAUUAAAUAUCGUCUCUUCAGAGAACAUUGCGUCUGUGUCAACGGGAACUACAUCAAGGAUCUCUCCAUUCUGGGCAGAGAUCUCUCAAAAACAGUUAUUAUCGACAACAGUCCGCAGGCCUUCGGCUAUCAGCUAGAGAAUGGUAUUCCAAUAGAAAGCUGGUUUGCUGAUCGUUCUGACAGCGAGUUGAUGAAGUUGUUACCAUUUUUAGAAAAUUUAGUGAAUUUGGGAGAUGACGUUAGGCCGCAUAUCAGGGAGCAGUUCAGACUUUUCAGUUUCUUGCCACCCGAUUAACUCGACUCAUGUGACGAUGAGGGUUUCGGUUGUUAAGAAAAGUAAGAAAAUACAUUUUUAUUAUCCUCAGGUUAUGUAACCUAUAUACUAUUUUUUUAGAGAGUUUCGUUGGCCGUAUUCACAGGUGCUUUUAUCGUCUAUCGUCUACAAAACAAUUACGAUUGUUGAUCUGUUUAAGGAAUUCUCACACUGUGAAUAUAGUCUAAAACGACAAACAUACUCUGUACACUUAAGUUGAGUCGAUUUGAUGUUUUUUUUUAGGCUCCAAAAGAGCCUGUAAGUCUUCACCACAAUGGAUCUAAACACUUAUAUUUUCAUUAACAAUAUACAGAUUUUUUUUAUGUAUAAAAUUUAUACAUAGAAUGCAUAUCUCAUACAUUGAUGUAAUAUCAUCAAUAGAUUAUUAUCUUUCAUACAUAUUAAGAUACUGAUUUUUUUUAUUUGCGGAUAGAAAAUUUAAAAGAAUGUACUAAUUCUAUAUCGUCAGAGGCAAUUUUAUGUCCAUAAAAAUUGCUUAUUGUGUGCAAUAAACACCUAAUUGAAUUUAAAACGCAACAGAGAUAUUUGUGGAAUAUAUAUUUACAUAGAAUGCUGAUAAUAUAGGAUAGUUCCGUUACUAUUUUUAUGUUAUUUUUUUUUUUUCACGGAUUAGAAGGAUAAAGAAAGAUCUCUAUUACGAAACGGUUGUGUUUAUUUUGAGGAAACAUAUAUAAAUGAAUAAAUAAGCUCUCUGCUGUGCAGGGACCGUACGAAAGCGUCUUUUCCAUAAAAUUCUUGUGAAAAUUUUUCUACAAUGUUCUAAUUCAAUUGAUGAUAAAAUCGUGAAAGUAAACCGCAAUAUCCAGUAACAUUCGCCGAUUACCUGAAAAUUUAUAGCUACUGUUGAUAUACUAGUGUAUACUGUAAUAUUAAAAUCACACAAACCACACGUAUAUGUGCUAUGGGCUAAGUAUUAUAAAAUGCCCAGGCAUUUUCGUAUGCAUACACACAACGCAUGCAUUCAGCUACAAUCAUUGCAUGAAACGUCAACAGCACGUACAAGUAUAAGGAUUGCUAAACCUUUGACGUUUUUUUGUCUGUUUUAUUACUCUUUAGUCAGGUAAGAAUUAUUGAUAAAUUUAUAUCAGGGAGUCUAGCGUUCAGAGAUAUUUUCUGGAA